AUGACCUCGCCGGCGUCACCUGGCCCCCCCAGUCGACCUCGCCGGCGCUCCCCCCCCAGGCCACCCCCCCAACAUGACCUCGCCGGCGUCACCUGGCCCCCCCCAGUCGACCUCGCCGGCGCUCCCCCCCCCAGGCCACCCCCCAACAUGACCUCGCCGGCGUCACCUGGCCCCCCCCAGUCGACCUCGCCGGCGCUCCCCCCCCAAGGCCACCCCCCAACAUGA